CCUCGAUUCACUACAAGCCUGAACUUCUACGAUGCGUCUCUCCCAUACCUCAACUGGGUGCACAGCUCAGUCUGCAGCAGCAUAGGAUGUAAUCAAUCCCACAUGUUUCACCUCUGCGACUCGGGGAUUUCACUUUGAAUAUUUUUCUACUUUCUCUUUCAUUCUACACUGCUCAUUGAGCAAUGGAUAUAACUUACCAGACAUGACGGGGACUCAGUUUCUACCCUGCAAAGCCAGAACUCCGCUCAAUGCGAGGGGAGCCCGAAGUUCAUAAAAGGGAUUAUUUUGAAUCUGGGUGCCUGAGACCUUCGGUGCCUCCGGAUUUUACUUUGGGCGUUUUGGGAUUUAUCGCUUCUAAAACCGGGAUGGAAAGCCGAGAUUUCGCUCCUCCGCACCACCUCCUGACGGAGCGGAGCGCGCUGGUGCACGGCGCGGCGUCUCGGAUGGCGCCAGGCGGCCACGGCUCCGUGCAGCACCCUGCUCACUUCCAGCCGGGGAAAUACUUCUCAUCCCACCUCUCCAUGGGUCCGCACUCAGGUGCUUCCUUCAUGGGUUCCUUCCUGGCCAGCAGUCUGGGGUCCCCGCCCUCCCACCCUGCUCACCCCUCGGGACCUGCUGCCUCCCCCUCCUCCCCCUCUUACAGGGCUGGACCCCAUUCGAGGGCUUCUCCUAUCUGGUUCCCACAUUCACAUGAAGGGUAUCCCGGCUAUUCAGGAAGUCUUGCUUCUCAUUUUCUCCCCAUGAGUCCCUUGGAUCACCAUAGCAACAGUCUCUAUGGACAGCACCGCUUCUAUGAAACUCAAAAAGAUCACUUUUACCUGCGAGGCCUUCCUCCCCAGCCCCCUCUGCUCUCCACCAGUCACAGCCUUCCUCCCCUGUCCAGAACCGGCCCGGGCCACCCGCUUGGCUCCUGCAGCCGAGAAACAGACAAUGGUGGAGGUGUCGGGAAGGGCGCCAAAGAUGUGGUCGAGAAAGGAGCUUCGACCGUGUCCAAAAUGAAGGAGCGAUCGAGCAGCAAGGAGCGGCAUCAGGAGAGCAAAGACAAACAACAUCAGCUCCAUCAUCACCAUCUUCAGCAACAAAACCAUGCCACCACCACUACGGCAUCUGGCCACUGCCACCAAGCCUACCCUCACCCCCACCAGGCUCUCUUCCAACACCUCACACCGCAGGGCAGGGAAGACGAGCACAGACAUUCUCUGGAGCGACACAAGGAGAACAGAGACAGUGACUCGGGCAAUCAGGAAACAAAACAUAUGAGUUCCUGCAAAAUGUCCGGCGGUUCGAUUGCAGAGCCUGGUUCUGCAGGAAAGGGGGGGGCGCUGACUAGUUGCAGCGGUGGAGGAGUGGGUCGACCUCCAUCUGGAGGCAGCAGGCGGUGCUCCAAGGAUGGAACCAUAAACGGGGAGAUGAGGAUCAGUGAAUCCUCAGCUUCCUCAAAUGAAUGUAUGAGAAGAGGCGGGGCCAUACUGGCACCUCCAACGACACACUCUGUGCCCUCCUAUUCCAUGCCUCCUCCCCCCCCUCCUCCACCUCCUCCUCCUCACGCCUUGCACAUGGGCUCUGCAGUCGCAGGAGGGUGGCUACACCCUGGACAUCACCAUCCCCACCCAGAGUUUUACUGUCCUCCAGCCCCUCUCACACUGACACCCUCCAAAGAUCCGACCCCUGCAGGUUCCAACAGGGAGGCGAAAGUGAUCGGCUCGACCUAUGUGCCCUCAGCGGGGCCACUGGGGGACCUCGCUGCGACUGACUGUCGAGGAGCAGGUGGAGGAAAGGGGUACGACAAGAGUGGAGAAGGGUCUUACGAUGGUCCCUCUAAUCAUCUCAGCAGACACAGUAGUUGCCAAAAGAAAGACAAAUCCCAGACACACCAGCAGCAGCUGGGGUACGGCAAAGCAGACAAACCUCCUGACUGGAGCCAGCAGACGCAGCCCCACCACAAAUCCAGCUCCAAUCACAGCUCUCAGACUGAACUCCGGUCCUGCAACCGGGACACAGCUUCAUCCUUCAGAGACUUAGAGGUCAUGGACAAUGUUUACCGGCCGUCGCUCCCGCUUGAUGCACAAGGACCACACACUGGUGCCGGACAGGGUGCACACAAGAAUGGCCCAGACACAAGCACUCCUCCCUUCAGGGACUGUUCCCACUCAGGUCCUCAUUCUGAUGGAAGGGUAGGGUCAGGGGCGUCGGCUCAAAGAGAGGGACAAAAGGUGGCAAGGAUACGGCAUCAGCAACAUAGCAGUCACGGAGUAAGCACAGAAGAGAGGGGGAGAGAGAAAGGUCCAACAGCACCCUGCUGGGGGGGUCAAGGAGGCUACCAAGAGGACCAGAGGAAAAGCUCCCAUCAUGCAUCAGAUGGCGAUGGGGAAGUAAGAAGCUUCAGCAACAGAGCUCAAAACAGCGACCACAACCAGCCCCCUCCUCUUCACCCCCGCUCCUCCUCUGAGGCUGAGGGCAGUGCCAUAAAGAACCUAAUGAACUACAGCUCCCAGCAGCCUUUGCUUCUGCCACAGCGGGGCCCCUUUGGAGGUCUGGGCUGCCUAAAGCAGGGCGGAGAGAGAUCAGAGAAGGGUGACAAAGGAGGGGCCAAAAGCAACACGUCGCCGCAAGAUCCUCCCAAACAGUCUCUCCCUCCUCGUCGAGGGUCCACUAAUGAGGCAGAGAGGGGUGACAGAGGUGGGAAGGAGGCGGGGGAGGCAGGAGAGGGGGAGGUGCGACAGCCUCCGGUGGGUAUUGCGGUCGCUGUAGCCAGGCCCCCUCAUCGUUCCCCCGACAACACCCCUGGACACAGCAGACAGGGCAGGGUGCUGCCCAGCAUGAAAGGAGUGUCAAGGCCUGUGUAUCCUCUUGGUCGGGAAGCAGAGGACAGGAAGAGGAUGACAGAAGAGCAGAUCAGCCUUCAUCACCUGGACAGAGACAGAGAAAUGAUCAUCAGGGAAAAUAAGGAUCGCGUAGAGUUCGCCAGGAUUCACCCUUCCAGCAGUUGCCACGGUGACCUGACCUCUCACCUCUUGGUUCCUGGAGGUGCGAGUCAGUUAGGUGGGGACCAUGCUGCACAUGCUCACCCAGCUCACCACCACUGGAUGCAGAGGACAGGAAGUCCCUCCCUCUGGAUGGGGCAUUCAUACGGUUUAAGCCAUGUAGGUAUGACCCCAGGCUUCCCUCCCGGUCUGCCCAGCCCUCUUCAGCCCGUCCUGGGGUCCCUCACCCAAGACCCUAACUCCCCACUGGUGGUUCUUCCUACAGAAGCGGGGCCUCAUCAUACUCUAGAUGUUCUGGAGCAGUCAGGUCUGUGGCCCCCUAUGUACGGAGGUAGAGGUCCUCCCUCCCACCUGCAGCAUCACCCUGUCUACUCUCGCUCCUCGUUCCUACGGCAACAGGAGCUAUACGCCCUGCAGCAGCAGCACCAGCAGCAGCAGCAGCAGCACCACCAGCAGCAGCAGCGGGCCAUGGAGAACAUGCAGCGGCACUCAUUAGGACAGAGAAAACAUGAGGAGCAUGCCAUCACUAUAGACGACUCUCCUCAUGAAUCAUCCGCGCUCAGAACUUCCUCCUCGUCUUCUGUUUCAUCCUCCACCUCCUCCCAUGCUGCCAAACCUUUCUCCCACACGCCUCCUCCGCCCAAGACGCCCACGCCCUCUCCGGGGAUGUGUCCCAGCAGCCGUCAGUCGCCCUGCUACCACUCCUCCCCGUCCAGGCGAUCCCGUCCCCCGAACCCUCUCACGCCUGCGCCAAGCCCCGCCGCAGCGGCGCCACGCUCCCCGGCACUCAGCCCAGUUCCAUCACUUCUGUCUAAGGGGCUGGAGAGGGGGAGCGAGAGAGGGGAGGGACAGCCACCUCAGGAUUACCCACAAUCACUAGAGCCAGACCUGCCACCUGUUUACACCUACCCUCCAAUCACCAUGGGUUUCAAGGCCGGGCCCUCGCCUCCCGAAGCGCGAUUGGCUGAAGCCGCAGUGGAGGCAGAACCAGCAGAGCCUGACUCCAAGACCCUCCCGCAUGCAUACAACAUCCAGCCCAUCCCCAAAACAGACAAGAGGAGGGAGGAAGAAGAAGAUGGGAGAGACUGUGAAGUGGUGGAGUCCCAGAGUGAGGCUUCAGAGGAAGAGAAGGAAGAAAAGAGUCAGGAGGUGAAAGGCUUCUCCUUCUCAGAGCCUCAGAUUUCUGGAUCGCUGCCCUGCCCUUCCCCCACUGAAGUCCCAGAUCCAGCCUGCCCAACAAUAGCCAAAGGCAAAGCCGUAAAAGUAGCGCUCUCUCUGGGUUGCUUUGGCCAUGAGGCCGGCCUGGAUGAGCCCCGGCUGUCCAAAGAGCAGGAGGAUGACAGUAGACACACAAAAGAGUACAUGGAGGAGAAGGAGGAGAAAACUGGGCCUGAACCGACAGAAUGUAAAGUCUCUGUGCCUAUGGAGGAGGAUGGAGAGAAUGUAGAGGUUGUUGAUAAAGAAAAGGAAGAGGGAGGCAGAGGAAUGUGUCCAGGAGAGAAUGUAGUGGAGCUCAUCAAGGACUCUCCUGCUCCUGCCCCGUCCUCCGACCUCACACUCGCUCCCACCUCGGGCUCAACCGCUCAGCUCCAGGGUGCCUACAUGUGGAGUCUGGAGCUUCUGAUUGCUGCGGCUCUGUGCGCCACCAGAGAUGCCUUGUACCCGCCUGUACCCGCCACUCCGGCCCCAAGUCCUCCGGCCCACCAUGGUAUGGAGAUACUGGGAGAACUGGCCGAGCUUGAGAUCCAGCAGAGGAGCAGGGAGGGGAAAGAGAAAGGCAACGAGGGUGAAGACAUGCUGACCUUUGACCUCCACAGUCUGGCCACCCUCGCAGCCGCCCGGGCCCUGGAAAUGGAGGGAGGGGCAGUGGAUGCAGGGGCGGAGCAGCAGUGUCCGAUCAGGAAGAGGUUGAACCUGCGCAGGAAGUGCAGCUGGACUCCUCGCCACGAGCCGGUGUGCCCAGUGAAGGGCUCCAUGGAGACGAUGGGAGGGGAGGAGCUGGCCAUGCGUGUCCAGCUGGCUGAGCUACAGCGCCGCUACAAAGAGAAACAGAGGGAACUGGCCAAGCUACAGAGAAAACACGACCACCAGAAAGAGGAGACGUCUCGCAGCCCUGCCCGCCGGGGCCCCGGCCGCCCCCGCAAACGCAAGUCCACCCCCAGCCCAGCUGCAGCAGAGAGCUCCAAGAGACUCCGGGCUGGGCUGAAUUUGGAAAAAAGCCUUGAGGAAAAAGCCAGGAAGAAAAUGUCCAAUCACGGCUUCAGCAGCCUCAGUGCAGCACAGAUGAAAGCUUGCUGUAAGCACAGAGGUCGACCCAGCGCUCUGAGCUCCAGGCUGGCCAGGCGGGUGACCCAGCUGAAGCAGAAAGCCGCCGCCCAGCGUGGCGCUCCAUCAGCAGGUGUGCUGCACAGCAGAGGGACCCUGGGUGGGGAGGAUGGAUCCAGGAGUCGGAGCAGACAAGAAAGAAAAGACUUGCAGCAGGACUGGGAAGCUGGUCCCACUGUAAAGAGGAAACGGGGUCGAAAACCCAAAAUGCUGAUGGGCAUCACCUUAAACAGAGCUUACCAGAAGGAUGGUCGGACCUCUGACAAGCUGGAAGUGAGGCAUGAGAAGAGUGACAGCGUGAGCUCUGAGCACGAGGAGGAGGACGAGGAGGAGGACGAGGACGAGGAGGAGGAGGAGGUGGACGGCAGCUACGACAGUGAAGAUGGAGCAGAUGAUAUUCAGAUUAGCUCAGCCUCUAAAGAUGCUUCUGCAAACCCUCCCGGGAUUGGAUCCUUUUCAUCGCAGGCCUCCAAGUUUCAAGAAAACCAGAAAGCCAGGAGCAAGAGACCAGGGUCUCCAGGUAUGGGGGGCAAGCUCAGUACAGAUCAGAGAAAACCGCCCAAAAGACCGAGCCUCUCCAACUCAGAGAGGGGACGUCUGUAUCACCUGCCCAGCUGGGGAGCGCCUUCAGUGGGCUGCAGCUUCGAGCAAGACCGAGCCAGAGUCAGCAAGGAGGCCGUGAGGAAGACCUCAGCGGGACAGGGCAUUCUGGGAAAGGCCAAGGGCCACGCAGUGAGCCGUCUCCUGCAGAGCUUUGCGGCAGACGACGGCUUUCGUUUGGAUGAGGAGAGCAGCUUCUCAGAGGGUGAGGAGGAGGAGGAAGAGGAAGAGGAGGAGGAGGCACAGGAGAAAAUGUUGAUGCAUCUCCCUCCCAACAUGCCCUGCAGAAUACCAGCCCUACCAAACUGUGUCCUGAGUAAAGAGAUGUUAGUGGAUGGACUGAAGAUCCUGAUCUCUAAGGAGGAUGAGCUGCUGUACGCUGCCUGUGUCCAGACUCUGGAUCUCCCAGACAUUUUCAGUGUUGUCAUCGAAGGGGAACGCGGGAAUCGCCCUCGGAUCUAUUCGCUGGAGCAGCUACUACAGGAGGCUGUGUUGGAUGUGCGGCCCCAGACCGAGGCAAUCCUGACUGAAGGGACACGAGUGUGUGCCUACUGGAGCGAGCGCUCGCGUUGUUUGUACCCGGGAUACGUCCAUCGAGGAGGCUCAGGUGAGGAGGAGAAGGAGGGCAGUGUGAUGGUGGAGUUUGAUGAUGGAGACAGAGGACGUAUUUCCCUUGCAAAUAUCAGACUUCUCCCUCCAGGGUACCAAAUACACUGUGCUGAACCCUCUCCUGCCCUUCUUAUCUCACCUGGUCGCCGCGGUCGUCGAAGCUCUACCCAGGAGAAGAAAGACACACCCACAGAGAAGCCAGCCAAUGGGGAUCCAGCAGGAAGGCCACAAGAGAAAAGACCAGUUGGCCGACCGAAGAAAAUCCACUCCGCGCCUAAGACCGUCAGCGCACCGACGUCAGUAUCAGACGCUGUAAGCAAAGGCAACACUUCCUUGUUGAGUUGGUCGGUGCCCAGGAAGAGGCCUCCGGUCGAUUUCUUCCUCUUCAACGGCACGUCCCGGAAAACCCAGAAGAGGAUGCGAGAGCGGGACUUAGGAUUCUUCCAUCGCCCUGCCUACCAUCAUUUUGCUCCUCCAGUGCCCAUCAAAGGCAUAUUCGGCUCCCCUUUUGAAGGUGACUCUUUCAGCAGCAUCGCCAACGGCUACUCUACGUUUGGAAGCUCUGGAGCGGGACACCCAGCCAACGCGGCGGCCUCCGCCGGGCUCCGGGACUCUUCGUCCUCCGCUUGCCCCUCGGCUGUCUCGACGGCGGCUGGAAGCAGGAAACCAGUGAGUGAACGGGACAGGAAGCAGCUCCUGGUUAAGCUCGACCAUGAAGGAGUGACCUCUCCUAAAACCAAAAAUGGGAAGGCUCUGCUUCGACUUGGUGGGAGUGGAGUAAGAGGAAGCAAGUGUUUGAACUCCACAGACGCACCGCUGAGAUAUAUCCAACCCGGCCAGCUGGUAAAGGAGGGGAAGAAAGGUGGAGGGGAAAGAGAAAACACGACGGCCCACUCUGAGCCUGUUCUGAGGAAAGAUCCUCUGUCAGCAGGUGUCAGUGGGGAUUACAGUUUGGACUACCCGAGUGACUGCCCCAGCUCGUACUCUGAGCUCGAUGAGGACGACGAGGACGACGGCCGAGGCGCUGAAGCACGCAGAGGAAGUGCUGCAGCCUCAUCCCAUCGGGGUGGCCGCUUUCUCUCUCGUCUCUCCGUCUGCUUCUCCUCAUCGUCCUCCUCCUCUUCCUCCUCCGGCUCCAUCUCCUCCUCUUCCCUUUGCUCUUCAGACAACGAUUCCUCGUACUCCUCCGAUGAAGAGUCCUCAUCCGUGCUGCUGCGCCGCGCUCUGCUCCAGCAGGACAAACACAAGCACAGGCAGAGCAUGACCUCCUCGGACCACCUGAGCCCCGAUCCCACCACCUCCAACUCUUCUCCCUCUGCCACCGCCCCGACUCAAGGCUUUGUGGCCAAAGCCAGCGUGGCCGUCUCGGCGUCAAAAGUGAGAACUGACAGAGGAGAAGAGAGGAAGGAGUUCAAGUCGAAGGGUCGUAUGCUCGCAAACAGCAGCACAGUUAAGACCCAACUGAAGAGGAAAGAAGGACUUCCUAACAGCCAUCAUCAGAGACAGAGCAGUGCUGUGAGCCAGCAGCUGAAACCUGCCUCUAAAGACUCAGCGUCAGCUAAGAGGCAGCGGAUGACUUCACCUGAGCCGCUGCCCAACAUGGCUCCACAUGUGCCUGGAAGACAGCUCUGGAGGUGGUCAGGCAACCCGACACAGAGGAGAGGUCUAAAGGGUAAAGCCCGCAAGCUUUUCUACAAGGCCAUCGUGCGGGGCAAGGAGACGGUGCGUGUCGGAGACUGUGCUGUGUUCCUGUCACCCGGCCGGCCCCAGCUGCCCUAUGUGGGCAGAGUUGAGAGCCUUUGGGAGUCGUGGAGCUCCAGCAUGGUGGUCAGGGUCAAGUGGUUCUACCACCCAGAGGAGACUCGCCUCGGGAAACGACACCGCGACGGCAAGAACGCCCUGUAUCAGUCGAGCCACGAGGAUGAGAACGACGUCCAGACCAUCUCCCACCGCUGCCAGGUGGUCAGCAGGGCUGAGUACGAUCACCUGAUGCAUGAACGUCCGCCUGGCAACGCGGCCAACGACCUCUUCUACCUGGCUGGUACCUACGAGCCAACAACAGGCCAGCUGAUCAGUGCAGACGGCAUGGCAAUCGUGUCCUAGCACCGCCAGCCGGAGAGAGAGAGAAAUCCACAAAUAUUUACCUGAAGUCUGAAGUCGACUCACGGUCCAUCAGAAAACAGGACAGGGGGACAGAAGGAAACCAAGACAAAGAGUUUGAGCUCUGCGUAUUGAUCCGUCCCGUAUCAGAGAAGGGGCUAGCCCCUGGAGAGAGCCUGACGGUACUGGCACUUAAGAGGAGUCUGGUUUGUUCUGGAGAAAAGUCUGACCCAUGUUAAGACUGUUUAUCAGAUAUGGACGGAGGCUCCCUGUCACAACUAGAGUCCACAGCCCUCCCUGUGGCUGAAAAAAAAACGGAGUAUCUAGUCACCAAGACAAGAUUACUGCAAGAACAGGAACCCAAGGACAGUAGCACUUUGGAGUACAGUCGCUUGGAUAUGCUAUGGAGGCAGGGUGGCAGACUUGACUGUCUGAAACAAAGACUGUAUCAGAGAGCGAGUGAGACUGUGAAGGAGAGAGAGUUAAAGUAAACCACACUGGUUUGGAUGGUUGAAAUGGUCUUAUACUGGUAGUUUUGACGAAGAAAACGUGAUUGGGAGAUCCCCAACAGGACCAAAAAAACACUGUAGUUCAAACUGUGUUUGUAAAUGUGUGUGUGUGUGUGUGUGUGUGUGUGUGUGUGUGUGUGUGUGUGUGUGUGUGUGUGUGUGUGUGUGUGUGUGUGCAGAGUGGCUGCUACUACCCUCUUCAGCAUUUAAUGAGCUCUAAGUAAAUAGUGCUUUAGUGUGUGUGUGUGUGUGUGUGUGUGUGUGUGUGUGUGUGUGUGUGUGUGUGUGUGUGUGUGUGUGUGUGUGUGUGUUUGAACUGUAUGCAUGUUAAUGCACAGGUACAUCUGUGCUCAUCAAGCAGAUGAAGUCCUGACACACCAUCGAGCUGAGUAUUAAUCUGUGCAGUGCUUAACGUGCAAAAUACAGAAACGACUUCUUCGCCUGUAAAGCCAUACACGUCAAUACCUCUCGCUUUCGUAUCCUCCUCCUGAGGUGCGGAGACACAUGUACAUGGAGUGUUAGUUUGAGCGCUGCGAGCAUGUUGGUCUGAAUGGAAAUGCGUGUGUUGUGUGUACAGCGUUUUGUGUAAUAUAACAUUUUGUAAAUAGUAUACAUAUAUAUUUGUUUUUUUGUUGAUUUUUUUGCAGAACAGAUUAUUUUAUUUAGAUUUUUUAGAGUGGGUGGGGGUCGGGAGGUCGGGAGGUCGGGAGGGUCUGGCAGAGGGAGGAAGUGGGGUCGUUUUUUUUCUCACUUACUGCACUGAACAGGAUCACAGGUUUGGAUUUAGGGUCAAACUGAUGUAAAGACUUAAAGGUUGUAAAGUCUGCGUAAGGCAAAGUGUAGAUAUGUAAAAAGGAAGUUUUUUAAAACUAAAUCAGAAAAAAACACUCUUUUUAAACAUGUGUCCAAAUCCUUUUUUUCUCUCUUUAUUUUACUCUGUGGGGGUUUCGAAUGUGCGUUUCCUGUUGGGAGCAUUUUUUAACAAAAUACUGGAAAAAGAAACUGAGUUUCUGCUGUUCUAUGAUCCUAAAAGAAUCUAGUUCUUUAUCUACUUUAGCCUGUAUUCCUAUAUGAAAUGUAGAUAUUUAUCUGGCAUCAAAAAUACCAAAGCACCUGUAAGUUUACGCUUCAUUGCAUCAGAAGAAAACAAUUUUAUUAAAAAAGACAUUCAAUCAAAUCUGAAUCCGGGACCCCUGCAAUCAUCGAGGUAUUUUAGGUAGAGCUCCUCUUGUUGUCUGCUCGUGUUCAUCCAGCGUUGCUAUGACAGCCUCCGAGAAAUGUUGCAGCAACAUUGUCUGCACACCGCCCAGCUGAUGCACUUGAGGUCUCCAUGGCAACCGGAAUGGCAUCACGUGACUGUGAAGGACAAUCAGGGCCAAUCAAUGGGACAAUGUUGAGAGACAAAAAAAAAACAAGAUAAGGAUCAAAUCACAAAUUAUGCUUCUUGUCACUUUUAUUCCUGCUUUGCCAAAAAAAACUGUCUCUGUGUUUUAUGUUUGCUUGUUUUUACCAUUGUCUUACUGUUUAUGCAAGCCUGGGAUGACUGUUUGUCGUCAUUGUAUAGGAUGUACAGGGGGAAGAUCAUUCAUGCAAUUUUCUUUUUUUUAGACAUUGACUGAUUUUCAACUACCAUGUUGCUGUUACACUGCGAAGCAAAAGCUUUAAA